AUGGCUCUGGAAUUAGUUGGUGGAGCUUGCCUGUCUGCUUCACUUCAGCUGCUGUUUGAUAGGAUGGCUUCAAAGCAGUUGAAGAUCAAGUUAUCGGCCAUUAAUAAAGUGUUGGAUGAUGCUGAGAAGAAGCAACUCGCUGAUCGUGCUGUGAGGAAAUGGCUGAACGAGCUCAAACACACGGUCUACAAGACAGAGGACUUGGUGUAUGAGAUCCACACUGAAGCUUUCCGAUGCGAGAUCGAAGGUAAGCCUCAUCUACUCAGCUUCUUCUCUACUACAUAUUAUGCUAAGCAAAUAAACCAAAGGAUAGCCAAGAUCCUUGACACACUUGAAUAUAUUGUGCAACAAAAGGAUCUGAUUGGUUUGAAAGAAGUAGGCCGUGUUGAAAACAAAUCUUCACCUAGAGUUUCAAUAAUAGUACCACCUUUGGAAGACGAAUCUGGUAUCUAUGGUAGGAAUGCUGAUAAAGAGGCCAUUGUUAAUUUGUUGCUCUCAUAUGCUGAUACUGGUAAUAAGAUAUCUGUAAUUCCCAUUGUAGGCAUGGGUGGGCUGGGCAAGACCACCCUUGCUAAGCUCGCUUACCAUGAUUUCAGAGUAAACAACUUAUAUGACAUCAAAAUGUGGAUUACAGUAUCUGAUGAGUUUGAUGUUUUUAUGUUGACAAAAACAAUUCUUGAAAAGGUCACUUCUCGAACAUGCUCUAUCGAGUACCAAUAUGAUCUGCAACUUAAGUUGAAAGAGGUUUUGGAAGGCAAAAAGUUUCUCCUGGUUCUUGACGAUGUUUGGAAUGAGAAUUAUGACCACUGGUAUGCAUUAAAGAGUCCACUUGAAUUUGCAGUGUUUGGAAGUAAGAUUAUUGUGACAACACGUAGUGACAGUAUUGGAUCGAUGAUGGGCAAUGUUCCAAAUCAUUGUCUUCAAAUAAUAUCCGACGAAGAUGGCUGGAAAUGAUUCGCAAAACACGUAUUCAGUAAGAAUAAUGUGGAGCCAAGUAAAUACUCUUCCUUUAGCAAUAAUUUCACUUGGUGGUCUUUUGCGCUCCAAACACAAUUCCAAGGAGUGCGAAAAAAUACUCAAGAAUCAUAUAUGGGAAUUGAUUGAUGAAAAGAAUGUUGAAUUAAAUUAAUAUUUGUGGACUUGGCAUAAUCAAUUAUUCACUUACAGGGCCUAUUUAUGUCAUUAAUGGGACUGGCUUAUUUUAUUAUUUUGUAGUAGGGCCCUUGGUCACACACUCUCUAUAAGACUCCAGUUGAUCCAUUGGACUGAAGGACCAACUCUCUUUAUAAGCCCAUUGACUUAUCCAUAUUUUUCCUAGUAUAAUUAUAUUAUCAAAUUAUUAUUAUUUUAUGUGUGUAAAAAUUAAUGGAUAAGUCUGACUUGCAGAGACUAUUUAAAGAGUCUAGGGCAAGCAAACAUGAUAUAUCAUACAGUAUUUGGAAAUUAGGGUUUUCAGAAAUCUGAGAGUGGUUUGAGAGUAAUGUGUCCAUAGGCACUACUUUACGUUGUUUCUAUUUUGCAGGAUUAAAGAUUUAAUUUAUCAAUGGCUGCGUUUGGAGGUUAGUAAUUUAUUAUUUAUGGAAUUUAUUAUGUAUAUUUAGAUCCAUAAAAUUUUCUAUCAAAGAAGUGUGACAUUCUUCCAGCUCUAUGGUUGAGCUAUUACUAUUUGCCUCCGAAUCUAAAAAGAUGUUUUGCUUAUUGCUCAA